AUGGGACGAACGGUGCUGUACGCGUCGAGCCCGCGGGACUCGAGCAUCCUGAACCUGCUCAUCUGCAUCGGCGGUAUCUACACGUGCUACCUCAGCUAUGGCAUCUUCCAGGAGAAAAUCUUCACGUACCGUUCUCCAAGUGGUGACAAGUUCACGUCUACACUCUUCAUGCUCUUCGUACAGUGCGUCACCAACUCGUUGGUAGCCUACGCGGCUACGUUCGUGUGGAAACCGCAGCGCGCGCGCAUGCCUUUGGCCCCGUUCGCCACGACUGCGGCUGCCUACCUGGGCGCUAUGCUGUGCAGUAACGAGGCUCUGAAACACGUGAGCUUCCCCACUCAAGCGCUGGGCAAGUCGUGCAAGAUGAUCCCCGUUAUGCUCAUGGGCGUCCUCAUCCGUCGCAAGAAGUACACCAUCCGUGACUACAUUUGCGUGCUGGUCAUCACGACGGGCAUCGCAGUGUUCCAAUUGGGCAAAGGCUCAGCCAAGCACGCCGAGCGUGAGAACAGUACAUACGGUCUGCUUCUUCUCUUCUUUUCGCUCACACUGGACGGCAUCUCGGGCCCCAAGCAGGAGGAGAUCGCGCACCAACUGCGUCCUUCGGUGCACCAGCAGAUGCUCAACACCAACAUUUGGGCUGUUGUGUACACGGGUAUCGGUGCCCUAGUGACCGGUCAGGCACUGGAGGGCUUCUUCUUCUGCAUGGAGAACCCGGCCAUCCUCAACUCGGUCUUCUACUUCUCCGUGUGCAGCGCGUUGGGCCAGAACUUCAUUUAUUUCACCAUCCAGCAGUUCUCGGCGCUCACGUGCACUACGAUCACCACCACGCGCAAGUUCUUCACGAUCUUGUUCUCUGUGGUCUGGUACGGACACGAGCUCACUCUCAUGUCGUGGCUCGGAGUGGCUGUCGUAUUUGUCGGUCUCGGAUGGGAACUGUCCAGCAAGUUUCAGAAAUACCAGGCGCAGAGUGCCAAGCUUACCUGA